AUGGACACGUUUCUAGAGACAACAGGCAGAGAGCGCAAGUCCAGGCAGAAUUAUCUAGAUGAGUUCUUGUCUGCAAUAAAGAUUUUUGGCUAUCUGGAAAGCCAAGUGUUCAAUGAGCUGACCAAAAGCAUGCAGACGCAGAAGCUGGACUCUGGCGAGAUUGUAUUUUUGGACGAAAACUCAGGGUUCAUGAUCUGCGUCGAGGGCGAGAUUGAGGUCUUUUGCAAGAUUGGAAGCUCAAACGACGAGUAUGCGGUGUUCACCAAUGAAUCCUCCACCAAUUAUGUCAUUGUUGACGACAUCAAGUACAGACUUCUGAAUAAUGUCAAAAGCGGUGCUCCGUUGUCAUCGUUGACAAGUGUGCUGAACCUGCUCACUGCUUCUGAAUUGAAUACUCCAGACAGACACGCUUCUGGUAUAUUACCUGUUCCAUCCGAUUUUGACCUGGACAACAAGGUUUAUGCAGACUCUCCUGUGCCACAGCUACCCUGCUCGAACGAAACGCCAACCCUGAUCGCCAUUCCGAAAAACAAUUGCACCAUUUCCAUCAUCCCCAAAGACUCGUUCACAAGACUCGCUUAUAAAUACCCCAAGGCCACCUGUCACAUUGUACAGAUGAUUCUGACCAAACUGUACCGUGUUACGUUUCAGACGGCGCAUGACUACCUUGGCCUCACCACAGACAUCAUGCGGACAGAAAUCAACCUCAACAAACGAUGUUCCAAUGUGCUUCCCUCUUAUCUAAGCAACAACGUUGUGGAGCGCUUUACGCCAAGAUUGUCUUCUUACAGCACACUGAACGAGUCGCAUUCGCUGCUUAAAAGAAGCCAGAGCUCCAAAGUGAUGAGGUCAGAGCCGCUGCAUUUAAACCCUAGUUCUAGGUCCGUUUCGCCAGGGGGUCCGGUUUCCAUCAACACGGCUCCUAACUCUUUUAUGGCAGCACUCAGUUCGGACGCAGACGAAAGCAACCAGAGCGACGACAUGCUUGCCAUGCCUCGGUCGCGAAUCAAGGUCCGUAGACCAAGGAGCGAGGUUUCAAGCGCGAGAAACUCAUCAAGACACUUCUCAUUGGCUGCUCGAAAUUCGACUAAUCCAGGAGACCUUGUUUCGAACGUUCCUGUGUCUCAUUUGGACAAGAUGGCAAGCAUUGAGAAGACAGAUAAGAGCCAUCUGCACGACAGAAUCAUCAACGGUGAAAACGAAGAGCCUGCAGAGAUGGCUGUUCGCGUAGCCAUAGCAGAGAGCAUUUGCGAAAGCAUUGGUGUGGACCGUGGGUCGCUCCAGGUCUCGUCUCCAAGCAGAAUGAGCUUCUCGCCUUCGGUGGUGAGCUCGCCGAUGAUUGCAGGCAUCACCGAAAUGAAUAUCAAACCGAAAGGCCUCGGUAUCGGAACGAAAUCAAAGGUUCGCACUUUUUCGUCUCAUAAUCUCGGCAAUCUCAACGAUGAUGAGGACGGAACCACAGAGAGUCAGAAGAGUUUUAUGGAUUUCGAGAACAUCAAGUCUGACCUCGCCAACUCGAUCACUUUGAAACACAUAUCAACUGGAACAAAACUGAUCGAAGCUAAUGAGCACACGCCAGGAAUUUUCUACGUGAUAGACGGAGCUCUGAAAGUCACUUACAUGAACGAAAAUACCGACGGAGACCCUACAGAGGAGUUUGUUUACGAGGUGAAGCAAGGCGGCAUUGCUGGGUAUCUGGGAACCUUAAUUGGGUCCAAAUCCUUUGUGAAUGUGGUGGCAGCUUUGGACUGCUAUGUGGCAUUUUUACCCAGAGAGGUUUUUGAGAUCUUGAACGAGCGUUUCCCGUACCUUCAGCUGGCCAUUGCAAAAAAUCUAUUGCGCAUUCUUGACAAACGUCUGCUAUUGGCAGACUACGCUAUGGAAUGGGUCCACACUUCCGCUGGUGACUCUUUAUACACCCAGGGAGACCCUGCUAAUGGUAUCUAUAUUGUUCUCAACGGACGGUUCAGAUCGAUGAGGACUUCUGAGGGCAAGGAUGCGCAGCCUGUAAUUGUGGCAGAGCAUGGACAGGGCGAGUCUCUUGGAGAGGUGGAGGUGCUGACCAAGACCAAGCGGGACUUGACCUUGGUGGCUAUUCGCGACUCUGAGCUUGCUCGUAUUCCACGGAGUCUCUUUGAAAUGAUCGCUCUCAGCAAUCCGUCCAUCAUGGUCAAAGUCACACGGAUUGUUGCAAACAGAUUUAUCCAUAGCAAAGAGCACGACGGAAAUUUUGAGCUGACAUCGCCCACGGCUCCAAUCAAGGACGACAACUUCAGCAAAAACUUCAACAACUACCGAACAAUUACCAUCCUGCCAAUCACGUACGGUUUACCAGUCGUUGAAUUUGGCGAACGGCUUACGACUGCACUAGAAAACGUCAGCAAGACCGCCAAAAUGCUGACCCAGUCCACUGCGCUGAGUCGUCUCGGAAAACACGCGUUUGACCAUCUGGCCAAGCUGAAACAGAGUGGCUACUUCUCCGAGCUAGAAGAUAAAUAUGACAUUGUCAUCUACGUCGCCGAUACGCCUGUCAACUCUUCCUGGACAAAGACGUGCAUCCAGCAAGGAGACUGUAUCCUUCUCCUAGCGGACUCUCAGCAGCCUCCGAAUAUUGGCGAGUACGAGCGGCUGCUGGUGAAAAACAACACUACGGCCCGCACAGAACUCAUUCUCCUUCAUCCAGAACGAUACGUGGAGCCUGGAUCAACGAACAAUUGGCUCAAGAACCGGAUCUGGGUCCAUUCGCACCACCAUGUCCAGCUUUCGUUUGACACGAAUUCCAUGCCUUCAGAAGUUGACUUUGGCCCAAUAUCCAAAUCCGCAAAUACAAGCAAACUUCUCACUGCCACUACUGCCAAGCUGUCUGCCAAUCUACGGAACAUGCUGAGUAACAACGAGUUUCUGCAAAUGAUCAAGCAAACCAGAGAGGCGUUCAAGUCCAAAAGAUAUUACCGGCCCAUGCAAGAACAUAAGGACGAUUUUAUGCGUCUUGCGCGUAUUCUUACUGGACAGGCAGUUGGUCUCGUUUUGGGAGGAGGCGGUGCUCGCGGGAUCAGUCACAUUGGUGUCAUUGCUGCUUUGGAGGAGAAAGGUAUACCUGUUGAUUUUGUUGGUGGCACUUCGAUAGGAGCGUUUGUUGGUGCUCUGUAUGCUCGUGAGUACGACCUGGUUCCAGUUUAUGGAAGAGCAAAGACUUUCUCGGGACGCAUGGGCUCUAUUUGGCGUUCAUUGUUGGAUCUAACUAUUCCCUUGACUUCGUACACCACUGGCCACGAGUUCAAUCGAGGAAUAUGGAAGGCCCUGGGAGACUCCCGGAUUGAAGACUUCUGGAUCAAAUUCUACUGCAAUUCCACCAACAUCACCGAGUCUGUCAUGGAGAUUCACACUUCGGGCUACGCAUGGAGGUAUGUGCGUGCUUCCAUGUCUCUUGCUGCUCUUUUACCUCCACUAACUGACAAUGGUAACAUGCUUCUUGACGGAGGCUAUAUCGACAAUUUGACAGUUGAGGAAAUGAAACGGCGUGGAGCACACGCCAUCAUUGCGUGUGAUGUCGGGUCGGAAGAUGACCGGUCCAAGAUGCACUACGGUGAGUCGCUCAGUGGUCUAUGGGUGCUGUUGAAUCGUAUAAAUCCAUUUUCAGCUCACCCUAACGUUCCUACCAUGACAGACAUCCAGAUUCGACUGGCGUACGUGGCGUCUGUCAUUGCACUGGAAAAGUCGAAAAAUUCCAAGGAUUGCGUUUAUUUAAGGCCACCAAUAGAAGGCUAUGCCACGUUAGACUUUUCGAAGUUUGACGAGAUCUACGGCGUGGGGUCCAAGUACGCGGCUGAGGUCCUUAACAAGCUGCAAAGCAAGGGCGAAUUGCCAUCCUUCAAAACUAGAAGACGCGAGUUGAAUAAACAUCCAACUCUCCAGAGAAGAAAUUCGAUAUAG